CUUCCUCCCAAGUGUGCGCAUACUGUUUUUUUUAUUGUUGUCUUUUCGCCGUUCUCUACCAAUAUCUUGUACUCAGCAUCUUAUACCUUGUAGUUUCAGAUACUCUUUGGCCAGUCUCUCUUAAUCUGGUCCCAAUAAUGUCUGCCCCAGAAAUGAGCCAAAAGGUCGCUCGGGACCUUGUGGAGACUAUCGCUGAUGAUCAUGGCUACGUUCCCGAGAGUAUCUGGAAGGCGUUAAACCCUGAACAUCGCGAGACAUUACAGAGGAAGAUGAGAAAACUAGAGAACAUCGCUGGAACCGCUAUUUCUACUUUAGCCAAAAACCUAUAUACGAGCGAUGCAAGAUUUGUUUUUGAGCUUCUGCAGAAUGCUGAAGACAACUCAUUCACCAAAGCACGGAACUCCAACUUGGCCCGUUAUGUCUCCUUCGAAGUGUAUCCUCACCAAAUAAUCAUUGAGUGCAAUGAGGAUGGUUUCCAACCCGAGAACCUCAAAGCCAUCUGUGCAGUUGGCAAAAGUUCAAAGUCGGGAGCCCAGAAAGGAUACGUUGGCGAGAAAGGCAUUGGUUUCAAGUCUGUCUUCAUGGCAGCAUGGAAAGUUCAUAUUGAAUCUGGCUACUUUAGCUUCUUCUUUAAGCAUAAAAAGGGAGACCAAGGACUGGGUAUGAUUACACCAGUGUGGGAAGAUCCAGACAACGACGAGCCAUACCUAGGGACCCGAAUGGUGCUGGAACUUGGCGACGGCUACAGUCCGAUUUUACCAUCCCAAUACCAGAUUAUUUUGGACCAGUUUAACAGUCUGAAAGAAAGCAUUCUUCUUUUCAUGCGAAAUAUUGAAGAAAUUCGGAUCUCCAUCUUUGAUAACGGGGGGGAGCUGGAGAAAUCGAACACUUUUUCGAGAAAGCACAUCAAUGGAAAUCUCAUCAGGCUUACUCAGGUGUCGAAAACGGCCAGCAGAGUGGAGAGUUCGUCUAGAGACUAUUACAUUUUCAAGCAUACUGUUGGCGGCCUGGAAAAAAACGAGAUCCGGACGUACUCCGAAUACGACGAAGAAAACAAGACAUAUGCUUCGGCAGAAAUAGUCCUGGGUUUCCCACUGACUGAGGAAUCAGUACCCGUUGUGGAGUACCAGGAGAUUUUCACAUUCUUACCUAUGAAACAAGCGGGUUUUACGUUUUUGAUUAAUAGCGAUUUUGUGACCCAAGCCAAUCGACAGGACAUUGUCAUGACAUCUGGCAGAAAUAUAGGUAUCCGACGAGGGAUAGCAGAUGCAUUCAUCCAGGCUGCCCUUGAGUUUUGCGAUCAUCCCAAGCUCCAGUAUACUUGGAUGAGAUAUUUGCCAGAAAAAAAGCAGCACUUUGAUCCCUUUUGGUCUCAAUUGGUUGCUUUACUGCAAGAGAGACUGAACAAGACUCCGAUUUUAAGACCGAGAAGCGAAGACAAUUUCCGUUUAAUAUCUUCUCUACGCUACUCCGUGGAAUCUCAGCUUGACAGCCGUGGAGAACCCUUGUUUAGAGACAACAACCCGGAAAUGCACAUCUCGAAGCGUUAUUCGAAGGACGAUAUCAUGAUUCUACGAAGUUAUGGCCUAAAAGAAUACACCGCAUCUGAAAUCCUGGAUGCCAUUGCGCUCGAUCUCAACACAAGCGACCCGAGAAUGAGGUCCAAAGAUAGGGAUGAUGAUUGGCAUUCAAGAUCAGCAAACUACCUAAAGAGCAUUCUUCUAUCGUCCAACACCAUCCUCCAUCUCCAGUUGCGCUGUUUGCAAUUGAUGCCACUUCAAGGCGGACAAUGGAUUGCAGCUUUUGGUCAAGAGAUAUUUUUACCAGAAGCAGAUGGACUUAAAGUUCCACCAGGUCUCGAUUUAAACAUAAUUGAUUCUAAAGCUACGCAAAAUGCUCACCGUCGGCAACUUUUCAGCCUUUUGGGCGCUAAAGAGGCCGAGAUCUCUUUCUUGCGUCACCGGAUAUUGAAAAGAAAGUUCAUCAAUACGCACAUAGUACAAUGUGUUGCGCAACUCAGAUACAUGUUCUUAACGGACAAGCAUAAACAUCACUCAGAAAAUACCAGCAAUAUCUGGCUCUAUGACACCAAAUUCAAUUUUCUCAGUCCUUUUUCGACGGAUGUAUAUAUGCCCGACGAUAAACCAUUUGCUCCUUCUAAACUACUUGAAAAUGUUGAAGAUACUGAUGGUUUGUCAGUUCACUUCCUUCACCCUCUCUACCUGAAUCACUUUUUCCAGGGAAGUGAUGAAGCUAAGCAGCUCAGUUCAUGGAAGAAUUGGCUAUGCAGCUAUGUUGGGGUACGACGUCAUCUGCGAAUCAUAUCCAAAGAGGAUAGAGGCAAGCUUUCAAAAGAAUGUCUUUAUGUGGAAUCCCAUCUCCCAGAUAAAUUUCUCGGAUAUUUGGGCUAUAAUUGGGGUCAAGAGAGCAAGGAAAUAGAAUCUUCGGCUACGUUGAUCCGCCAAUUGAGAGCCAUAGAAGUUCCUUUUCACGAUGGCGAACUAGUUCCUCUUGAGGACACUCAUCUUCCGCUCCCGAACUUAAAACACCAGUGGGAAAGAUUUUCAAGAGGGUUAGAACAUUUUCCGUUUCUGCAGCUCGAUUACGAAGUUACACACGAAACAUACACCAAAAAUUGGGGGUUUCUGGUUUCAUCUCUCGGCGUCAAAGCUGAAGAAGACCUUUACUUCUAUUUGGACGUUCUAAGAUACAUCAUGGAAGGGCAGCGAGGGGAUGACAUUGACGAGUUCUCUCGUAUCUUUGAACUAUAUGGCGUUAUCUACGGCAAGUACCUGGAAUCUCCUAACGACGAGAAGAAAAACUUGAUCAUAGAUCGGUUUUACGUGUAUGACUUGGUUUAUAUUCCAAAGACCCAGCAUGGAAAUUUCCGUUCGGUAGACCAAAAACACUGCGUAUGGGAGGGCCCGGAAUCGUUGACUAUGAAAGAGCCGCUGGAGGUUAGAUAUAAAGCCCUGGCUAUUAAUAACCUUUCGAUUAUCAGACUCCUUUUCACCGACGUACUCGGUGUAGACAACUGCGACGAGAAAACUAUAUGCGAUCAGCUCAACAACCUCAGAGAGUCAGGUUCCACUGAUUUUGACAGAAUUAAGAGCCUUUACAAGUCCCUAUGGGGCUUGUUAAGCAAAAACAAGUCAAAUGAAGUCAGGGAACUCGUGAAGAGCAAAUUCGUUGAGGAAGCUUUGAUUUAUACAAAAUUUGAUAAUUGCUGGAACAAAGUCUCUCAAUGCCUCUGGUCCAGUGCAACGACUGUUCGCAGUAAGAAGGUCUUAGAGAGCGACUACAAAGACAUGAAGUCGUUUUUCGUUGAAUUCUUGCGUGUGGAGACGCUCACUCUCGGACUGAUAUACACUGAGCUCUCCAAAUUGGGAGAAUCCAAGCCAACAGUGGAAUUAGUGAAAGAGCAAUUCUUCGCUUUUAAAGACCACUUUCACAUGAUCAGCAAUUAUAAGAACAUCAAACCAGAUGAAAUGAAGAAGUUCAAGAUUUUCCCGAUAAGACAACCUGGACAACCGGGUGCCCAGCAAAACAUCCAAUUCUGUGAUGGGAAUGCAGAGUUCGCGAUAGCGGACAGGCGCCUCCUGGAAGAUAACUUUCGAAACCAAAUUAAAACCUUAGGUUUCACCUUUGACGAACUACAUUCGUUAGGUCCUGUCAUAAGAUGGUUGGGACUUGAAAAAAGAUAUCUCUCACGUCUAGUUACAGAAACCUCAAAGGUGGAGGACGAUGACCGUGUUCUGAAUCACUCUUUGAGUCAAAAUAUUGAAUCGAGAGCGCGUGCUUUAUGUCGGAUUGCCAAACAUUUCAACAGCCCACGGUGGCGGACAGCUGAGGAAAUUCACAAUCUAUAUUACCUCUUAAAGCAGGCGAAAGUCUUUGAGACGGACAAAAUAUCGUGUGUACAGGUCGUGCAGCAAGGUGACCGAUCAUAUUAUCAUGAGAUAAGCCGCAGUAAGUUUCAUUUAGAAGAGAGUGGUGCAGGUCUCGACAUCUUCGUUCCUCAAGAGAAGAAGUCUAGAGCACUUUGCCUUGCUCGAGAUUUACCAUCACGGCUGUUUGAAUGGAUGACAACGAGUGGCUCUACGAAGAACCCUAGCUCUGCCAAUGACCGAAACCAUUCACUGGUGAAGGAUAUCCUGAAAGAGGACUCUGACAUCUAUAACCAAAUUCUCCUCGAGGAAGGGAUAGUCGAUAUCGACAUAGAGGAUGAAGAGAUUUAUGAUGAAGAAGACUCGGUCUCGACUAGUUCGACAAGAAGGGAAGCCUUUGAGCUAAGUGAUUCAACAGAAAUUGGAUCAAAUAUGGCGACACCCUUGACCGAUAUGUCCUCUCCAAGGAUGGAUUUCGAUCAUGGUGAGAUACUGGCUACUGUUGUGCAUCAAGAUACAAUUGUUGCUAGCAGCCGUGUUACUUCUUCUCAGAAUAUCACUGGACUUUUUGUACAGCAAACUUCACCGCAUGCAUCUGGGGAGAGAAUCGAAGUAUCUACCUCUUUGCAAAGAGAAGUCGCUUCAAUUAACCUUGGGUAUGCUGGGUUACUGAGCCAUGUUGUCUCUUCAGCACGAAGAGCAUCGAUUCCCAUGAAGGGUAGUUUUGGCAUGGAUGCUCUGAGAGAAUCUUUGCCCUCAUUGCCGACCUCCAAUUCCAAUAAUUUUGGAAUUGAUAGUUAUGGAUUCAACUCUGCCGGUAGCCUUUCCCAAUUGGAGAGAGACAAGAUGAUCGGAGCUGCAGGAGAGCUAUAUAUAUUUGAACUUCUAAAAGCGUGCAGUCCUUCACUACCAGACUUUGGCAUGGAUAACUGGAAGAGCAAGAUUCGGUGGUACGCGAAGAAGCAUCCGGAAUAUGCAACAAUGCAACCUUGGCAUGGCCGCGAGACGUCAGAUCUUGUCUAUCAUGACAAAAUGGGAACUUUCACAAAGUUACUCAUAGACAAUUGUUACUUUGAUGCCAGUACAUGGGAGCAUAGGAGGCCAACAUACCACUUUGAGGUAAAAACGACAGUUUCUUCUUGCGAGACUCGCUUCUUCGUAAGCAAGAACCAGUACAAAAUGUUACACGAUAACCGUGGAAAAGAAGAUUCCGUAUACAUUAUCAUGAGAGUCUUCAAUGUCGGGAACGGCAACAUCGGGCUGCGUCUCUAUGUAGACCCAGCGGAGCUGGAGGCCAAAGAAGAGCUUUUGUUUACAGCCGAAACCUGGUCUGUUGUGCCCGGCGCUUAGACCGUAGAGUGUGAUUUGGUUGCUUCGGUAAAUAUUAGCAUCAAUGGAGUAUAUAAAAAGAUCAGAAAAGAUUGAUUUUGUGGCCCACGUAUCAAAGCUGAUCGUGAACAUUACAUCAGUGUUGAUAGCCACCUAUAUCUUCUGUCAAUGUCAGCUAUCACACCUAUGGCAUACUACUAUAUUUGUU